AUGUCACCUGUUUCCCGAACGAUGUUCACCACAUUCAUUCUUUUUGCAGCGACGCUCGUUUCAGCUACUUCUAUCGGCUCUCGUCAUAAUGAUCAUCACGACGCAUCAUCGACCCCCCUUCCAUCAGCUUGGUAUCAUACGGCUGAGCAUCCUGUCCACAACCUGUUCAAGCGUGGACCGACAGAUGGUGUCGAAUACGCCCCUGUUGGCUCACCGACUUGGGCCAGUGCUUUCCCCCAAUCAUCACCUGAUGUCGCACAGCUUCCCCAGGCGUGGACAGAUGCCCUCCGAAAGGCCAUUGACGACGGGAAGAUUCCAGACAUCCCCCGUACAUCUGCGGUGCCCGACACCGAUCCUACCUACCCGGCAGGAAUAGACCCAAUGGAUCCUAACAUUUGCUCGUCCACUUACAAAUGCAGGAUACCUGGGGAUACUUGGGAUGCACCUGAUGGUGUUUUUGGUACUGGAUUCGACGACACGCCUACCCAGCCGUCGAUCAGACUCAACCAGUUCCUAAAGGACAACAACGAGCGAACCACCCAUUUUAUGAUCGGUGUAAAUAUUCUGCAGAACCCAGAGAUCUUCUUGGAUAUUUAUAACCACGGGAGCGAUCUCGCCGUUCAUACUUACACCCACCCGGCCAUGACGUCUUUGUCGAAUGAGGAGAUCCUGGGUCAGCUGGGCUGGACCAUGGAGAUAAUCCAUAAUUCGACUGGAGGGCGCCUUCCAAGGUACUGGCGGCCUCCUUACGGAGACUACGAUAUGCGUGUUCGUGCUAUUGCUCGAGAGGUAUUCGGCCUUGAGGUCAUCCUCUGGAAUCACGACACCAUGGAUUGGUCGCUGGUAAACACGGGAGGCACUACCCCGGCGGCUAUUAAUGCUUCCAUGACAGAAUGGUUGACUGGAUCCAAGUCACCUGGUCUCAUCAUCUUGGAGCACGACACGUCUGACGCGGCCGUUGACGCGUUCAUUAGCGCGUACCCCCACAUUAAAGCGAACGGUUGGCAGUUCGUUUCCCAAGCAGAACUCCCCAAUGGCGCCGGUGCUGUAUACCAGAACGAAGAUGACCAAGGAAAUGUGACGCCGAAUGCCGUCGCCGCGAAAGUUGAGCUUCCAUCCUCGCCAACAAGUUCGGCGACUUCCCAGCCUCCAUUGACCUUGAAGGCCAUCCCGACAUCGUCUUCAUCCUCGUCCUCGAAACCCAUCUCUGCGACAAGCGCGGCUGACAGUGUCCCAACGGGCUCGGUUAACGUGAAUAAUGGUGGCUCGUCCGACUUGGCUCAACCAUUGAAGGUCGUCCUUUAUUCACCAAUGCUACUACUGCUCUCCCUACUCGCAUGA